AUGAAGGUCGAAUCUAACUGCGCUUCUGAAGUUGUCAUGUCCAAAAGAAGACUAACCGAAGUUGAAGCCCAGCUUUCGUAUUACAAAUGGAAAUAUUUUGCUGAAAAGCGAAUUAAUGAGAUUCUAUCAGCUCAGCUUGAGAAGAAGUCUCAACUUGAACGGAUCCACAUCGACCAAAUUGUUAACAAAUCGAUAUCAAAGAAGCUCAAUCGCUCCAAUCUCAAGAAUAUUGUGAGAGAGGUCUGCGAAAAUGUUAUCAGUGAAACUUUGUCUGGAAGUUCGAGUGAUUCUUCGGUUAAGUCUGAUUAUGAGAUCAACGACGGAGUUAUGCUCACUCCGAUCUCGCAAUCGUCGCUUGGAAUUCUUCCAACCAACACACGGUCGUCUUCAGAAUCUGAUGAUGGGCAAUUGAGCGAUCUUGAGGCGUCGGACAGAAGUGUGACACCAGGUUCUCCAACUCCAACGCCUGCGCCGAUUCCAGUUCCGGCUGAGAAAGUUUUGACGAAUAGAGUUUUGGGAUAUUUCGCUCCUUCUUAUUCGGCAACUAAGUUGAACCACAUUGUCCCAAUUUGUGAUGAAGAAUGUAUGGAAGUCGCAGCUAAAUACGACUGGUACAACUGA